GGCGCGGGGGUCAACCCAAGGACAUGGAAAGCAGCAAUAAUCGGGAAGACGAUGAGGUAGAACAGCUUGUGCUCGUUGAAGAACCGCUUGACUUAGUAAGGUUGAGUUUAGACGAAAAGAUAUACGUGAAAAUGAAACGUAACAGGGAGUUGCGUGGUGUAUUGCAUGCUUUUGACUCGCAUCUAAACAUGAUCUUGGGAAAUGUAGAAGAAACGGUAACUACAUUAGAAAUAGAUGAAGAAACGUAUGAAGAAGUUUACAAGGUAACUCAAUUAAUUAUUAAAUAUAAUACUUGUAUUUUAGACAACAAAGCGCACAAUACCCAUGCUUUUCAUUCGAGGUGAUGGUGUUAUUCUGGUCUCACCACCACAAAAGGAAUAACUCUUGUAUAAAAUAUUUUCUUACAUCAUAUCCCACUUUUUUAUGUUCACAAAUACAAGAUUUUCUUUGACGUCAUGUUUCGCGACCACCAUCCUUCUAAACGCUGAGACAAAAUCAACGUGGAGCCCCGCACAUAAGUGCAUUAGUCCAAGUUGCCGCACUGCAAAACACCAUGCAAAGAACAAGUGAAUAGAAAAAGACUAAUAUCAAAGUAAACAAGGGUGUAUAGAGGGUGAAGGUUAGGGAAAAUACCCAAAUGUAAGAAUACAUCGACUGAACCACAGUCAGUUGGCGUGUAGGCAGAGAUUAUGAAUAGGCAUCGACAAGCCCCACAACUCUCCCAUCCACCCAGAAAGUACUGACGGCUGUUAACUAGUAUUCAGUAGAGAGAAACACUUUCCGCUCUGCAACAUAAUGCUAUUGUUACACCAACGAGAAUUGGUUAUUGAGUCUCCGGACAUUCGUAAUGCGGAUUUUGAAAAUUCACUGCAUUGGUCGAGUGAAUAGCCACACUCGGAUGCUGUAUGUGUGUCUCAGGAACACAAUAUGCAUCUAUAGCUCGAGAUUUCAGAGUUCUGGUGAUGGAUUCUUUUUGUCCGAUUUGGUGCCGGGUCCGAACUUUGAGAGCUACAUUGUGAUACCAACAGCGGGGUCCAAGUAGAUGAGGAAUGCUUUUUAGAAAUGCUUGGACCGUUAACAAUGGUUUCAGCAUAAGAAGUUGUAAGAGGCUGAAUACUGAUAUCAUCAAGUGAAGACAAGGAACGAGAUAAAGGGAAAGCGGCCUCAGGAUUUCUGGCUGUGAAAAACACGUUAUUCCCAUCGAACCCCGUUCGAGCUAGCAGUACGCCUUUGGACACCCACCAUAGCAGUUUAUGCGAGAGUAACUUCUUUGUCUUACCACCAUCCUACAAACCUCAAGGAAUAAACGUCCCAACACCGUAGCUCGCUGCGUCAUUGUGAUAUGCAAGCCCGACCAUCACAUCAAGGUAGCAACUACCUACCAGACCCUUAGCAACGAGGUAUCCGUAACAAGUUAACGGAACUUAAUCCUUUUGGUGUAAGUGGAUAUAAAAUCUCCCAAUAACCAGUUAUAAAUUACCAUGUAGCUGAGAGCUUGUGAAUGUCGUUACAAUUGCCAGAUGGAGUACAGUAGGAAAGAGCUAUUGCGACGAGGCAAAUAAUGUAAUUUCCCCUAUGUGCUGAUUAGGAAUGGAAGAGUUACGAGAAGUUAUCACAAUCGUUUUAAAGGUCCAUUAGAUAUUGAAUUUGUCGAAAGAAGGCUGUUGAUUUAUGUGCAAUAUGCACCUAUGAGUUACAUCCUUUAAUCCGCCAGAUUUUAUCUCAGUAACACUGCUGAUUACAGCAAGUCUCCAACGUAAUCUGUACGGCAUUUAAACUAUCACCGCUUCCAGAAGUUAAAUAUAUAUUUCACGCAGCUCCAGUGAUUACAGCCAACGCUAGAUUUCCUAUACCCUCAAAGUUAUUUUCUAUUUGAAGCGUGAUGAAUAGCCAGUUUUGAGUCAUACAGUACCGUUUAGUUGCUCUUUAUGGGAACUGUAAGUAGGAUACAUAGGACAUUUCACAUUGUAUCUAGGUGCAGUAGACCGAACGCACUAUACUCUAGUGUAGUUUCAUGUGCGCACCAGUUUCCGAAACCUAGGUUCAAGGUUUCCUGUCAAUAGCCUCCAAACACCUAUCAAUGUGCACCGUGAUGCUGAGCCUCAGCUUGGUGGCUACAUUACAAAACUGGUCGAUAGAAUUCGGUCGGAAAUGAAUAUGAAACCAGUUUUUCUGGAGAUCAAUCAAUUAAAUGCCAUAUACGUUGAUCUCUCGCAUAGUCAGUGAUAUCUUUAUGUUCAAUUGCCAAAUGUUUUCCUUUUCAUAUCGAUGAUUUGCUACAAAUUUAAAAAUGGAAGUGUAGAUUUACAUAACGAGCUCCGGAAACAAGCACCGCGCACACUAUACUAAUAUCACAGAGGUUACACAUUUGAACAACCUAUCAUCGGGGUGCACAAGACGUCUAGAUUGCCCACUGUGUCGGCAAACAACUUUGGGGAAAUAAAAGCAAAAAAUGUAGCACUUCAAAAAAGAGAUGUUCGACAGUCUGUCGGAUACUUUCAAGAUAAAACAGGGCUGCAUCCACAGUAGCAUGGCUGUUUUAGAAUUUUAAGGGAAUGAGAACAAAUGAUUCAGCGAAGAGACAAGAUGUUCCAUUGUGUGUGAUGUACCAAUCCUAAUUUCAAUAGUGAUCUAGCUGCUAGCAUCCUAAUGAGACAUCCAAGUUCCUUGAAGAGAACACCUUGUAGCAAUUAUUAUAGUAAUGUCCCAUAGUUACCCUCUACUUAGCAAAGGUCUGGAAGACGAGAUCUUCAUUCUGGCUACCUCUGUGUAAAGCAGUCCACCUGCUUCCGUGGAGCUGGGUAUAUUAACUGAUCACGGUUCCUGUUCCGAAGGGUUCAAAAAAACAACAACCUCGGCUACAGCGGAUAUUUGAGAAGUGCGAUAACGGGACAUCUUGUCGACACACCGUUCAAUUUCAACGAUCACCUCUUCUAAAGUGGAAGGUAACUUUCCGGAUUUGGCGCAUACCCGCCUCCUUUGUAUUGCUGAAGCCUUACCAAUUCAGAUAGGAAAGCUGGAGCUCUGCAAGUAAAAGAGACUUGUUCACUCCUUGCUCCUUUCAUACCACUGAUCCCUAGUGUUUCAAAAUGCCCUCCCCCAAUAACUCGUCAUCCCAUCCGUUUUUACAUACUAUCAACUAUCCUCGUUUCUAUACGCACCCUGAUGACAAUUCACUGAUUAAAUAUUUUAUCAUAUUACUCAACUUAAUCAUCUUUACUUCAUUUCUAUGCUACAUUGGACAAUACUCUUCAAUCUAAGCAAACCUGCAUUUCUGUGUCAUGACUUAACUUUGCCUGUUAUUAUGCCUUUUGACUACUUCCCAACAUUCAUAAACAUUUAGACGAAAAUGAUACUUUGGUUUUUCAUAUUUAUAUCAUCUUGCUUGUUGCUAUGCUUAACUAACCACUUCCAUACAUGAAACAAACUCAACCAGAAUUUUUUAUAUAAAUGAGAUUGUACAGCGAAGUCUUUUCGCUGAACCAUUUGUUUUCAUACUUAUUUCUUAUAUGCUUUAGAAAUGUAAUCUGGUCAGAACCCAUACAAUAGGUUGAUGCUACAUACUAGUUUACAAACCUGGAUUUACGCAUCUCUGUAAAAAAGAGUGCAUGAUGGAAUAAGGUAUACCAUAAUCCUAUAAUUGCAUAUGUAACCCAGUCAGAAGAGGCUAGAGCUAUGACUAUUUGGUGUGGGCAUUCGACUUCCAUUUAAUAGGUCACGCGUUCGAAACCAUAACCUGUAAACUGACCCGCUAGGUAGUUUGAUUAGCUAUCAAGCAAUAGACGUGGUCCACUGCAUGUUGUCGCUGGGCGUAUUUGGAUUUUCGGCACUAUGAAUCAUUUCUUACAUAAAAAUGAUGUCAGUAGGAACCUCAAGUGUAAUGUGAAAAAACUUGGGUACUACAAAGAUUGUUCCAACUCAAUGUCCAGAACGUGUCUCAUUAUCUGUG